AUGGGAAACUGCAUAUUCAAAACGCUGGGAGUGGUGAAGGACAUGGUCAAAGUGGUGACUCCCGACGGCGGCGUGAUGGAGCUCUACGCCCCGAUCACCGCCGAGUGCGUCACCAAUGAAUUCCCCGGCCAUGCCAUAUUCGGCAGCCCCCGCCGCAGCUCUCCGCCCCUCUUCCAGAGCGAGAGCCUCUGCGCGGGGCAGUACUACUAUCUCCUGCCCUCACAAAAAGGCAAGGAUCACGGAGGCGAUCGCGUGGCGGCACCGUACCGGAUGUCGGUGGACAAUCAGGGGAAGCUGCGGCGGCUGUCCGAGCCAGAAGUGUUUCCCAAGUACAACAGCACCGGGGUGUGGAAAGUGAGGCUGGUCAUCCACACAGAUCAGCUGUCCGAGAUACUGUCGCAGGAGGCGCGUACGGAGGCGCUCAUCGAGAGCGUCAGGACGGCGGCUAAGUGUGCGGCGGCCGGAGUUCCGUCCGCCGCCAAUUCCGAACGCCAGAGUAGGACGAGUGCCAUUGAAAAUUGCUGA